GAAGAAGAAAGUGUGACGCAGGCGCCAAAAGUUAAAACGCGCUACCGAGGUGGGCUCUGUGCAUGGGCACCCACCCAGUGGUCAAGCGUCAAUCUGGAUUGCCAGCCUACUUCUAUCUCUCUCUCUCUCUCUCUCUCUCUUCGUCACUUCUUCUCACCAACACCAACACGCCCUCCUCCUCGAAGAGUCUCUGCGCCUCUCUCCCUCGUGUGUCUCGUCUCCGUCCGUCUUCAUACCUGACCACUUGACCACUGGAGCGUUUGUGGCUUCCAGGACCUGUUCCCCCAAAACAGAUCUCAUUGGAAGUGCAUCUACCACGCCAACCAUGUCGGCGCCUUCUCGGACGCCGUACAAUGUGCUCAGCCAGACGUUUCUCGUCGACUCAUCGUACGAGGUCACAAAGGAGCUCGGCUCGGGCGCCUACGGCUCCGUCGCCGCCGCCCUGCACAAGGCAUCGGGAGAAAGCGUAGCGAUCAAGAAGAUCACAAAUGUCUUUUCGAAGAAGAUCCUGGCGAAGCGAGCCCUGCGAGAGAUUAAACUGCUUCGUCACUUUCGUGGGCAUAAGAACAUCACCUGUCUCUAUGACAUGGACAUCAUCGACCCUGUCGCUUUCAACGAGGUGUACCUCUACGAAGAGCUGAUGGAGGCUGACCUGCAUGCCAUUAUUCGCUCUGGUCAACCCCUGUCCGAUGCCCACUUCCAGUCAUUCAUCUACCAGACGCUCUGUGGUUUGCGCUACAUUCACAGUGCCUCAGUGCUCCACCGCGACCUCAAGCCGGGAAACCUGCUCGUCAAUGCCGACUGCGAGCUCAAGAUCUGUGACUUUGGGCUGGCCCGUGGCUUCGAGACUGACCAACCUGGCGGGCAGGCUGGUGGCUUCAUGACGGAGUACGUUGCGACGAGGUGGUACAGGGCGCCGGAGAUCAUGUUGAGCUUCCAGAAUUACACAACUGCUAUCGACAUCUGGUCCGUGGGCUGUAUCCUUGCGGAGCUCCUCGGUGGCAAGCCCAUCUUCCGUGGCCGAGACUAUGUGGACCAGCUCAACCAGAUCCUUCACUACCUUGGCACUCCCUCUGAAGAGACGUUGCGCCGCGUCGGCAGCCCCCGCGCACAAGACUACAUCCGUUCGCUCCCCUACAAGCCUCGCAUCCCCUUCAAGCAGCUCUACCCCGCCGCGAACCCGAUGGCGCUGGACCUGCUCGAGAAGAUGCUCUCGUUUGACCCAUCGCGGAGAAUUACUUGCGACGAGGCACUCCAGCACCCUUACCUGAGUGUCUGGCAUGACCCGGCGGACGAGCCGACGUGCGAGCGCAAAUUUGACUUUGGUUUCGAAGAGGUCGAAGACGUGGAAGGGAUGAAGAAGCUCAUUCUAGAGGAAGUGGCCAGCUUUAGGGAGGAGGUCAGGGGACGGACGAGGGUGCAGCAGCCAAAGAGGCAAGAGAGCCUGCCAAUCCCCACGCGCGACGAAAUCAAGGGCGACGUAUCUGGAAACGUUAUGGGCGCCAGCAGCGGACUUGUGCAUGGGGGCACAGCGACAGAGACGGCAAGCGGGAUGCUGAGCGAUGCGCAGAUGAUGGAGGACCCGAGCGAAGCCUUUGAAAGAGAGAUUCAAGGCCAGCGGUAGGAGUGAAGAUCAAGUUUUGUCUCCUUUCUUUCAUCUUCCCCCAUCUCUCUCUUCUCGCUCUCAUUUGUCUAUAUAAUUUGAAUUAGUAGAGCCAGUCAGAGCUCUGAGUACAUAGUCAUUGUUGACGAGGUGGUGUACAGGAGAUCCAGGUCCUUUGCGCCUCCUACUUCUAUUGGAGCCAGCUCGGCUCGAUGGCACUGACGCCUCUAGCAAAGAUUUGCGUUGUAAAUGUGAGC